AUGCCCAGUGACAGGUCCACUGGGGCUGGAGAGGACUCCUUCAACCCCUUCUUUAGUGAAACUAGCACUGGCAAGCAUGUGCCAAGGGCAGUGUUUGUAGACCUGGAACCCAAUGAAAUUCGCAACGGCCUCUUCUGCCAGCUCUUCCACCCUGAUAAGCUCAUCACAGGCAAGGAAGAUGCUGCUAAUAACUAUGCUCGUGGACAUGACACCUUGGGCAGGGAGAUUAUAGACCCUGUCUCAGAUCAAAUUCGGAAACUGGCUGACAAGUGUGGAGGUCUUCAGGGUUUCCUGAUUUCCCACAGCUUUGGUGGGGGAACUGGUUCUGGGUUCACCUCUCUCCUGAUGGAGCGUCUCUCUGACGACUAUGGCAAGAAGUCCAAGCUCCAGUUUUUAGUGUACCCAUCCCCCCGGGUCUCCACAGCUAUAGUGGAGCCCUACAACUCUAUCGUUACCACUCACAGCACCAUGGAGCAUUGUGACUGUGACUUCUUGGUAGACAGUGAAGCCUCCUAUGACAUCUGUUGUAGAAAUCUGGACAUUGAACGACCAACCUAUAUCAACCUCAAUCGUCUUAUUAGUCAGGUAGCGUCCUCCAUCACUGCUUCCCUCAGGUUUGAUGGAGCCCUGAAUGUUGAUCUGGCAGAAUUCCAGACCAACUUGGUGCCCUAUCCCUGCAUCUACUUCCCUUUAACAAGCUAUGCCCCUGUAAUCUCUGCUGAGAAAGCAUACCAUGAACAGCUUUCAGUACCAGAGAUCACAAAUGCAUGCUUUGAGCCAGCCAACCAGAUGGUGAAAUGUGACCCUUGCCAUGGUAAAUACAUGGCCUGCUGCCUGUUGUACCGUGGUGACGUGGUCCCUAAAGAUGUAAAUGCUGCCAUUGCCAGCAUCAAAAACAGGCGCAUCCAAUUUGUGGACUGGUGCCCCACUGGCUUCAAAGUUGGCAUUAAUUACCAGCUGUUGGGCUGCGCCCCUCCCACUGUGGUCCCUGGUGGAGACCUGGCCAAGGUCCAGUGGGCUGUGUGCUUGCUGAGCAACACCACAGCCAUUGCUGAAGCCUGGGCCUGGCUGAACCACAAAUUUGACCAGAUGUUUGCUAAGUGUGCAUUUCUCCAUUGGUAUGUUGGUGAGAGAAUGGAGGAGUGA